AGGAGAGCCGGAGGAGGGGGAAGGAGGGAGGGGAGAGCAGUGGCGGCGGCUGCGCCCGGCUGUGUGUCUCCAGCCGCCGGAGGAAGAUGAGGCUGAAGAUCGGGUUCAUCUUACGCAGUUUGCUGCUGGUGGGAAGCUUCCUGGGGCUGGUGGUCCUCUGGUCCUCCCUGUCCCCGCGGCUGGACGACCCGAGCCCGCUGAGCAGGAUGAGGGAAGACAGAGAUGUCAAUAACCCCAUGCCUAACCGAGGAGGCAAUGGACUAGUUCCUGGGGAUGACAGAUUCAAACCUGUGGUACCCUGGCCUCAUGUUGAAGGAGUAGAAGUGGACUUAGAAUCUAUUAGAAGAAAACACAAGGCCAAAAAUGAACAAGAGCACCAUGCUGGAGGAGAGAACCAGAGAGACAUAAUGCAGAGGCAGUAUCUCACUUUUAAGCCUCAGACAUUCACCUACCGGGAUCCUGUGCUACGCCCCGGGAUCCUCGGUAACUUUGAACCCAAAGAACCUGAGCCUCAUGGAGUGGUUGGCGGCCCUGGAGAGAAUGCCAAGCCAUUGGUUUUGGGACCAGAACUCAAACAUGCAGUUCAAGCCAGCAUUAAAGAGUUUGGAUUUAACAUGGUGGCAAGUGACAUGAUCUCCCUGGACCGCAGCGUCAAUGACCUACGGCAAGAAGAGUGCAAGUAUUGGCAUUACGAUGAAAACCUGCUCGUUUCCAGCGUUAUCAUUGUUUUCCAUAAUGAAGGAUGGUCAACCCUCAUGAGGACAGUCCACAGUGUCAUUAAAAGGACUCCAAGGAAAUAUUUAGCAGAAAUUGUGUUAAUUGAUGAUUUCAGCAAUAAAGAACACUUAAAAAAAAAACUAGAUGACUAUAUUAAGCUGUGGAAUGGCCUAGUAAAGGUAUUUCGAAAUGAGAGAAGAGAAGGUUUAAUUCAAGCACGAAGUAUUGGUGCCCAGAAGGCUAAACUUGGGCAGGUUUUGAUAUACCUUGAUGCCCACUGUGAGGUGGCAGUUAACUGGUAUGCACCACUUGUAGCCCCCAUUUCUAAGGACAGAACUACAUGUACUGUGCCUCUAAUAGAUUACAUAGAUGGGAAUGAUUAUUCCAUUGAACCACAACAAGGUGGGGAUGAAGAUGGUUUUGCCAGAGGGGCCUGGGACUGGAGUUUACUAUGGAAACGUAUUCCUCUAAGCCACAAGGAAAAGGCCAAAAGAAAACAUAAAACUGAACCUUAUCGAACCAUUUGCACUGUGCCGAUUAUAGAUGUCAUAAAUGGCAACACAUACGAAAUUGUACCCCAAGGGGGUGGUGACGAAGAUGGGUAUGCCCGAGGAGCAUGGGAUUGGAGUAUGCUCUGGAAACGGGUGCCUCUGACCCCUCAAGAGAAGAGAAUCAGAAAGACAAAAACUGAACCAUAUCGGUCCCCAGCCAUGGCUGGUGGAUUAUUUGCCAUUGAACGAGAGUUCUUCUUUGAACUGGGUCUGUACGAUCCAGGUCUCCAGAUUUGGGGCGGUGAAAACUUUGAAAUCUCAUACAAGAUAUGGCAGUGUGGCGGCAAAUUACUGUUUGUCCCUUGUUCUCGUGUGGGACAUAUCUACCGUCUCGAGGGCUGGCAAGGGAAUCCUCCGCCCAUUAAUGUUGGGUCUUCUCCAACGAUGAAGAAUUAUGUUAGAGUUGUUGAGGUCUGGUGGGAUGAAUAUAAAGACUACUUCUAUGCCAGUCGUCCUGAAUCAAAGGCAUUAGCAUAUGGAGAUAUCUCUGAGCUGAAAAAAUUUCGAGAAGAUCACAACUGCAAAAGUUUCAAAUGGUUCAUGGAAGAGAUCGCUUAUGAUAUCACCUCACACUACCCUUUGCCACCCAAAAAUAUUGACUGGGGAGAAAUCAGAGGCUUUGAAUCUGCUUACUGCAUUGAUAGCAUGGGAAGGACAAACGGAGGCUUUGUUGAACUAGGACCCUGCCACAGGAUGGGAGGGAACCAGCUUUUCCGAAUCAACGAAGCUAAUCAACUCAUGCAGUAUGAUCAGUGUUUGACAAAGGGGCCUGAUGGAUCAAAAAUCAUGAUUACACACUGUAACCUAAAUGAAUAUAAGGAAUGGCAGUACUUCAAGAACCUGCACAGGUUUACUCACAUUCCUUCCGGAAAGUGCUUAGACCGCUCAGAUGUCCUCCAUCAAGUGUUCCUCUCCAACUGUGACUCCAGUAAAAUGACUCAGAAGUGGGAAAUGAAUAACAUCCACAGUGUUUAGAAAGAAUAAAAGAAACCAAUAACCUACCUACUGACACGUAAAUUUUCACAGGACUGAAAACCGCCUGAAACCUGCUGCAACUAUUAUUAACUCUGUACAGCUCCAAACCCAGCACCUCCUGAUAGGUUUGAAGGACAUUGAUAAACUGUGAUUUUACAAUAACAUUGUCAUCUGCAGUUACUGUUUACAAAACUGCUUUUACCUUAAACUUUAUAGAUGUUUACAUCUUUUUGUGUUGUGUUGUUUUAAGAUGUUGGUAAUUUGUGCAUUUAUAUCUGUUCAGAACAGAGCUAAAAGCAUCAUUGUCUUCUUUGGGAUUACACUCAGGGGUCUGACAGGCAGUUUCAUUUUUUUUUUUUUAACACACUUGAAAAAAGGUUGGAGUAACCAGACUUUCAUAUAUAACUUGGUGAUUAUCAACCUGUUGUGUCUUUAUUUAAUUUUACAUCUUUUUGAAGCACUGCCACAGGUUAUUAGCCAAGGUGGCCUUCCUUCACCGUCAUGCUGCUUUUUUGAAAGGUGAAUUUCAACACAUUUAGUGCCUCUUUCAUUUUCUCAGUAUAUAUUUCAAGAGCUUUCAAUGAAAUGUAUAGGAUGGUAAUGAUGGAAUUGUCACCAGUAAAUACUUUUACUACUCAGAAAUGAAUUUAUGUGCUACCAUUUGCUCUGAGAUCAAAUGUUGUAUGGCUUGAAAAAAAAUUAACAACUUGAAACCCCAAGGCUCUCCCAUAGGAAUUGAAGAUUGUAUGGCAUUAAGUUCCUUACUUGCUGGCAUUCCCACUGCCCUCUGUUAAUACCAACUCCUAAAAGAGCAGAAGGGUCUGCCAACUAGAAAAAAAUUGACCAUUGACCUCUGGAAUUUACUUUCCCCCAAUACCUGUCAUUAUAGAAAACUAUGAUUCUCAGUUUCAAAUCUUAAAAUGGGGGAGAGGGAGGUAACAAAAACAACAAAACACUGCUGUAAACAAACAUCAAAGGUUCAUUCUGAAGAAUUUUCAAGCCCUUGUUAAAUGAAGCCUUACAAAGCUCCUGUGCAUUAUAACCUAAGCUGUGCAACCUUUCAAGCCAAGAGUGAAUGGAUGUUUUAUUUAUAUCUUCAUCCAAAUAAAAUUCCCUGCACAUUUUUUAAAAAUUUAAAUAGGCUAUUUAAAAAUACAGUUCAUUGACAAAUAUGAACUCCUUUUUGUUAGAUUGUUAGUUCCCUAAUCUUUAUUUUUUUAUUUUUUCCCCCUAAUCUUUAUUAAUUCUUUUAGGAAGUAUAUUUCUAUUAGUAUUUUUCCAGUGAAAAGAAGACUUGUUUGGAUUUAAACAUUUACUAAGACAGUAUAGGAAAACCAAAUACUGGAGAUGAUUGAUUAGAUUUUUAUUUCUAACGAAAUACUCUUUUAUUGCUCAAAAUAUUAAAAUGCUAUGUUAAGCCUGAUCGGCGUGACUCAGUGUUUGAGCAUCAACCUUUGAACAAGGAGGUCACAGUUCAAUUCCUGGUCAGGGCACAAGCACUGUUGUAGGCUUGAUCCCCAGUAGGGGGCAUGCAGGAGGCAGCCAAUCAAUGAUUCUCAUCAUUGAUGUUUCUCUCUCUUUGAAAUCAAUAAAAAUAUAUUUUUAAAAAUAAUAAAAUGUUAUGUUAAGGGGGGGGCAAAUAACAUGAGUUGGGGAAUGGCAAGUAAAUUAAGCAUUUUUGAUCCUGUAAUUAUGAUAUCAUUACAAUGAAUGGAAUUCACAAACUACUGCCAGAGGGAAAUAUUUUUCAUUAAAGCUCAAAAAAGAAAAAAACAACAACAAAAAAACAAAAACCUACAUUUGUUUAAAUGAAAAGUCUACAAAUCUGUUUCUUCCAAGGCUAGUCCUUAAAUUUGGAGAGUUAAACAUCCUAAACAGAAUUUUAUUUAUAAUUUUGAAUUGUCUAUUUGUAUUUUGCUACUGAUCUAUAAUCAACCAUUUUAACUUUCAUUCAUCUCUAGAGAUGUUUAAAAAGGAGUAAAUUUAUAUGCUUAAAUAAUUGCAAAAUAAAUCAACUAUAAGAAAGAAAAAGAAUUGGUACUUUAAUUGUGUGUUUGCAAAUAGGUUCCAUUUUUCUUGUUGAAUAAAUUAUAACCUUGUUAACUAUGCAUAGGCCUAAGAAAGGUGGCACAUAAACUGUGCAUGUAAAUUUUAAAUGGAUAUUUUGUGCAAUUCGUAGAUAAUCUAUGAAAAUGAUUCUCUAUAUUGAAAUCAGAAACCUUACCAAACACACACAAAAAAAACAACAUCAGAAGCUGCUGCCAUAAUGACUAUUUUCUACUGUAGGCUGCUUUGGAAAUAAUUCCCAUAUCCUUGCUUUGUAAGUUGAUAAUAUCACUAUGCAUUUCUACACAUUUUAUAAAUUUGAUUUGUGCAGAUUUUGAUACACUGUAUGUUUCUGUAGAAAUUAUAUAAAUAUUCAGAAUUUUAUUAGGGAUAAAUUUGAGAAGUUUAUGUAUAUCUUAAUUAUGGGUUGCUUGUUUUUUAGAUGAGAAAAAAUAAAAUACUGUAUUUUAAUUCA